UGCGCUUGCGUCAGGCUGCCAGCGAGACUGUAGAACGUGAGCAAGUGAAUUGUUCGGAACUUGGGAGUCAGAAGUUUUUAAACAUCGCAGCAAGCACCGCGAGUGUCUCCGUGAAUAGUUUUGUUUCGUAUGUUUUGUUGGUACCCGUGACUGUCGAAUAUAUCGUGGUCGAAUUUGAAAUUUGACAGACAUCACACGAGUGUUUUGUAGUGUAUUUGGAAAAUGCCUCGUUUAGCGGGGUGUUUUGGGGCCCAAGGAUAACAUGUGCGUUGUUUACGUUUGUCGUGAGAGUGCAUCAUGUCACAGUGCAAGAAAUUCGCGCCCAAUAUCUUCCACAAAACUAAAUGUUCCAAUUGUUUUCGGCAGAAAGAGGAACAUUCUGCUGAGGCUUUGGAAUGCAACCGGGCAAGCCGUUCCAUAGCCCGAAGCGGAUACCUGUUCGUGGCCCCAGACUGGGACUUCUCCGUGCCGCUGAAUCGGACCAAGAGGUGGCAAAGAAGAUUUUUCGUUUUAUAUGAUGAUGGGGAACUGAAUUAUUCUGUUGAUGAACAUCCGGACACGAUUCCCCAAGGAUCUGUUGACAUGUCCAAGGUCCUGGAAGUGACUGCGGCCGAACAGAUAACAGGUCAUCCUCAUUCUGUCGCUUUGACAUCUCCCGACAGAGUUACCUUCAUAAAGGCUGCCAGUCGCGAAGAUGCUAGAUGGUGGGUGGAGCUUUUGGCUAUGUUUCCACGGAGACACAAGAGGAAUGCUACAUUUCCAGGUGGAAGGGCAUCUCCCAGCCUACCACAACUUGGCAGGAGCGCUUCGCCCCAGCCUCCAAGACCUAGAUUUCUGUCAUGCACUACUUCUGGACCAAGUCCAAGAACAAACUUCGAAACCCCUCCUCUUAAAGAAGAAAGGGAGUCACCGCCCAAAGAUGACCAGAGACCUAAAUGGAUUCCUGAACCUACGAAAAACAUGCCUAUCGAUGUUAUACCCCCACCAAAAAGAAGUGAAUAUUUGGUCAGCUCUGGCUCGCCCCCUACCCGUGACAAAUUAAGAUGCGACGAUAAGGCAAGGGCCAGAAGAGAUUGGCGACACGAGAGGCUUCGGGAUAUUGCAACUGCACUGACAGACAGAUCCCCGGAAUCCAGUUUGGCUCUACCUGCAGAGGGAUUGCUCCACCUCAAAAAGGGGUGGCUGUGGCUGAAAAAUCCUGAAGGCGAAUGGGUACGCCGCUGGAUCGUCCUCUGCGUCCCAACCUUGACCAUAUACCAGGACCAAGAUGAACAAGCCAUACCGGACUAUGCUGUAGAACUCUCCUCAGUGUCCAACUACAACGAGGUGGCCACAGAAAGCAAAUACGGGUUCGAAAUCCACUGGUCCAACCAAUCCGUAACUCUGAGCGCCGUCACCGCUGGCAUCAGAUCUAACUGGUUGGAGGCCCUCAAGAAGGCCUGCCCUGCCACACCGACACCUUCAGACAGUUCAAACUCACCGACCACACCACGAUCCGUAUUUUUAUCCAGCGACGAUGAGUACAAAACAGCCUCAGAAAACGACAGGAGGUUUUCUGGGGAUUGGAGCGAACUACCGCCUUCUCCGCCACUGACCAAGUUCGCCGCGGCCAGGCUCAAGGACAGGUCAAGGAUAAGGGGUAGGUUGCCUAGGUGCCAAUCUAGGCAGAACACGGUAGACAGCACGUCGACCGACGAGUUGGAUUCUGUUAGAGAAACAGAGCACGUCGAGCUCAGUAACACCUUGAAUAGGCAGAAUUUAGAGAUACACGAUUUACAAAAUCAGUUGUCGAAGGCGCUGAAAGACAAGGGGGACCUGGAAGAAGAAAUUGCUAGGCUGAAGAAAGUUCAAUCUGAAGCAAUGACUUACGAGAAGAGGAUAAAGGACCUGAUCGCAAAUUUCGAAAAGACCGAAAAGGAAUUAAACCAACGGAACUCACAGACGGAAACGAAAUUCACGAAGGAACAAAAGACUCUCCAGCAUCAAUUGCUCGAAGCAAAGGAGAAGGCAAAAAGUUACGAAGAGAAGGUUGGUCUCUUAUCCAGGGAGUUGCAGACGAAGCAACAUGUGAUAUUAGGUUUACAAGAGGACUUAUCGAAUGCGAGCGAGAAGUAUCAACGACUAGCCCAAGAGAACGAACGACUCACCAGGAGACUGCAAGAAGUUGAAAGCAGAUACCUAGUAAGGAACCCAAAACAAACCGACUCUUUGACGAGUUUGAUCGACAUCAACCUGGAGAUAGACAUCGAAGAUUUGGGAACGAAUGAACUUAAGGAGUACGCCUUGGACCUGAAGAGUCGCUUCGAAAGAGCAAUCUUGGAGAUCCAAGCGAUAAAAAGAAGAUUGAAGGAGGCGAACGAAAACUUCGAUAAGAUGGAAAUAGUCAACUUCAGUUUGGAAGAAAGCAUGAAAUUGAUGAAGGAAGAAAGCGAAGCUGAAGUCAAUUUGUUGGUUAAUAGGUUGGAGCACUUAACUUCAAAGCUGACAGCGGUUGAGAAGCAACUUCGAAAUAAAUCUAAGACUGAACAGAGGGAGAAGAGACGAUCUUUAUCUCUCAAAGGUAGGGAAAGCUUCUCUAUCAACAAAGAAGUGGAGGAUAAAGUUACCGAAUUAGAAGCAAAAAUAGUAGCACUAGAAAAAGGGGGAAAACCCAGGCGAAAACACAAGAGAGACAGGAGCAGUGACAGAAGUUCUCCCAUAGAUGACAAAUCCCUGCGUCGACUCAGAAGGAAGAGUUUAGAUAGCGCUACAGCUUCAGAAUCUAUGAAACUGCUGAUGAGACUGAGUACCUUAGAAUCCAAAGUAACAAAUAUCAAUGUUUCGACUGAAUCCUUGAACGUCAGUAAUAGUGUUAGUGACCUUAGUAAAUUAGAUGAACAGAACGAUUCUUUAGACACGUCCAGAUUCGAAAAUGUAAUUCUCGAAGCCAAGUCUAAGCUAUGUGAGUGUUUGUGCCAGUUAAGCGUUUUGCAAAAUAACAAAAAUAAGAGAUCGACGCAACCUUAUUCUGAUAAAUUGGGCGUUCUAGAACAUCACUUGAACGAAUUAGGCGAAAUUUUAAACAAUUCAAGCAGUGUUGUCAGCAGUGCUGAAAUUGGAGUCAUACAAUCUUCGGCUGAUUCGGUGGUCAAACAGUUCGAGACGAUACUGAUGGAGAAAUUGAACGAAAUGUACGAGAGGAAGAAGUUUAUGAUUGAAAAUAACAGCUACGACAACAAGGCCAAAUUGAACUACCUCGCAGAGAAAAUCGCUUUCGAGAAUAUAGUCAUAGGGAGGAUUCAAGAGGCAUUUAACAUUGCAACAAAUGGGGAAGCAUCGUGUGACAGAUUGAUUGACAAAGAAAUCAAGGAAACUGCACACCUGAUGAAUUCCUUGAAGAAUAAGUUCAAUGGCAAACACCUCAUGCAAGCUCCUGAAUCGAAGACAAGUGCUGAAUAUCUAUCUAAGAUACUAGCUAAAGCGCUCAUUUCUGUGGCUCAUGGGUUCAAGAACUUUAAGAAACAGUUCAGCAAUACACAUCCAUCUCUGCAUUUACUCAUAGAAGAACAGGAGAAACUGGAGAGUCAGUUAUCAGUUUACAAGUCUGUCAAGUUGCCGCAACUUGCUGAAGCUUUAGCGUCGGAGACUAUGCAUCUAAUCUCUGACAAAGCCUGCAUAUUAAAAUCGAUAACAAAUGAAACCAAGCAUCAGUUUACACAGGCUACGAGGGAGAAAGUAAAUACUGAGUUGAUUCAGGCCGAGAUCAACCAUGUUCUGCUUAGAGCAGCCCAAAUUUACCAAAGCAAUCUCAACUCAGAUAAUAACUAUUUCUUCAGUUUCUUCGCUUCAGAAAGAGCAGCGUUAGAGCUGUGGGCGGACUCCGUUGAAGACUUCCUGUACGACGAAAUCAGUAGAAACAUAAACGAACUGACGGAGUUAUACCAGAACAGCUUGAAUAAACUUCAAAGACAGAAUUGGCGGCGUAAACUGGAAUCGGAAAGAAUAAGCCUCAAUUCCAGUUUGUUGUUGAACGAAUUCGCUGAUAUUAUAGCCCACAAAGCCUUAAUUGACGCUCGUAUAAACGUUCUAUCCGGCAAGUUCGAAGCACAUCAGAUAGAAAGAAACGCCAACAUGGACAAUCUUCUGAACAACCUCAUUAACAGUGAAGAAUGUUGGUCUUUUGUUGAGAAUCAGUCAGUACAUAUAAGCCAAAGUUUAGAAGCUGAAUUCUUGUGUAUGAUAGAUAGAAGCAGUAGGGAUUGUUAUGCUCUGGUUGAGAGACCGGAAGUUGAAACAGUUUUAGGUUAUCUGAAUGACAUUUCGAGUGAGAUUUCUCAACUGCAACACCAAGCUAAUGUACCUGUCAACGCCAGCAUUUUUAGGGACUGGAAGGAUGUCUGUUCAAAGUGUUCUGAACUGAGAGAGAAGUUGGCUCAGAUCCGUGCAGCAUUGAAAACCACCUCUUCAUCCAACAUGCCGGACGUCUCAAAUGUUCAACGUCCAGUCUACUUGGGUGCCGAGUAUUUGUCACAAGUAGAAAGUCUGAGGUCCGCUUAUAGAUGCGUUUUAGCAUCAUGCAAAGAUACCCACCAAGAAAGUGAUAUUGAACAGCUGAAAUCCCUUUGUGAAAGAGUCCUGGUUGCAAUGGAACAAUGGCAUCAUCGAACUGUCCAAGAGAUGAGAGAGAAACAUGCUCAAGAAUUAGAAAUGCUGAGGUUGGAGAAGGAACAGGCUCUUCAAGAAGAGACACAAGCGACCUUGGCUGCCUUGGAUGCCAUGAGAAAGGCACACGAAGCGGAAGUUCAGAAGGAAGUGGCAAAGUUCAAGCAGGAGUUUGCAAGGCAACAAAGAAACGAAGUAUUAGAGCUUUCGGAGAAGUUGUCAGUGAAACGGCUUGAGGCUGCAGCUCUGUCUGAACAGUUGGGAAGUGCUUCUAGGCAACUGGCGCAUGCUCAACAGCAUAUUCUAGCACUAGAACGCAAUCCUCAACUUGCAAAACUACAGAACUAAAGAAGAAUGUCUGUGAAAAGUAACUUAACUAGUCCGAAUAAUCCUCAUUCAUACCAGUGUUUAUUGGAGCAGUACAAUAUUAUCAUCACCGUUAAUGUACAGUAUUUGCACCCUUUUUUGUACCUUUACAUUUUGUUUUAUUGUUUGAAUUUGUCUACUUGUAAUAAUUUUUCCUUUCUAUUUAUUUACCUCAUUGAAUGUUGAUGUAUUCUUAUUUUGUAGGUGUACAAAUGAUAUCCAAUAUAGUUUUAUGCAAUUAGAUAUUGUUUAUAUGAUUGUGUUGGGUUUAUAUGGAAUGUUUAUAAUAUUGAGAGAAAAUAUAUGAAAUAAAAUAUUA